AUGGCCGGGCAGUUCGACGCGGAGGACCAGGCGAGCUGGUACUGGGGGCGGCUGAGCCGGGCGGAGGCGGUGGAGCUCCUGCAGGGGCAGCGCCACGGCACCUUCCUGGUGCGGGACUCGGGCAGCAUCCUGGGCGACUUCGUCCUCUCCGUCUCGGAGAGCUCGCGCGUCUCGCACUACAUCGUCAACAGCCAGGGCGGGGGCGGGGCGGGGGCGGCCCCCCCGGCACCCGGUGCUCCCUCUCCCCCUCCUGCAGGGUUGUCUCCUAAGUUUCGGAUAGGUGAUCAAGAGUUUGACUCUUUACCGGCUUUGUUGGAGUUCUACAAAAUACACUACUUGGACACUACAACAUUGAUAGAACCUGUUUCGAAAUCAAAGCAUAACAGUGAUGCGCAGCUCAGACAGGAAGAAGUUGAAUAUGUACGUGCUCUUUUUGACUUUAAUGGCAAUGACGAGGAAGAUCUCCCAUUUAAGAAAGGAGACAUACUGAGGAUCUGGGAAAAGCCCGAAGAGCAGUGGUGGAAUGCCGAAGACGGUGGCGGCAGGCGAGGCAUGAUACCUGUUCCUUAUGUCGAGAAGUAUAAACCUGCCUCUGCUGCAGUUUCCGCUCCGAUUGGAAGUAACCAGGAUAGUACCCACCCACAAGUAUUGGGUGGGCCAGAACCAGGUCCCUAUGCCCAGCCUAGCAUCAAUACUCCACUCCCCAACCUUCAGAACGGGCCGAUACUUGCCCGGGUUAUCCAGAAGCGGGUCCCUAAUGCUUAUGACAAGACAGCCUUGGCCUUGGAGGUUGGUGAACUAGUCAAGGUCACCAAGAUUAACAUGAGUGGCCAGUGGGAAGGAGAGUGCAAUGGCAGGCGUGGCCAUUUCCCAUUCACACAUGUCCGGAUGCUGGAUCAACAGAAUCCUGAAGAGGACUUCAGCUGAAAAGGACCCCACUUCUGCCUACGGAUGGGAGCAAGCACCUGGAGUUUCAUUGCUGCAGCAAUGGAGACUGUUUCUUGAGAAAUCAAAAGUAGGGUUGUUUCUGCCAGCAUUCUGGUAUCCAUGAUGAACUGUCCCUGGGACACAGCACUCAUGAGGUGCUUGUGAUUUCAGGGCACGGCUUCUGUGCCAAGAGGUAGGUCAAAGACAUUACAUUCCCCCCUCCCCCAAGAGUAGGACAAGAAUGCUACCCAGGGCUGUGGAGCUCAGGCUUUGCGAGUUGCAUGGCUUUCUCUGUAGGUAGAUAAUAACCUGAUUGGCUUGAUAGGACAUUCAUGGCUUGCUAGCCUAAAUAUUCCUCUGGAUCUGAUAUAUAUUGCAAUUUCUGUCUCAUAACUGCUUGUUGCAAAAUGAGUACACUAUGCACCGCUCUGGUCUAUUUUCUAAGUGUAUUUUGAUACUGGGGUAGCUGGAGCUUAAUGAUUAUAUUUUGGAUGCAUUAGGGCGAAGUCUGCUCAUUAUUGUGAGUUCCAGAAAUUUGUCUUUAGUACAGACAUAGCAAGUAGCUGAUUUAAUUUCAGAGAUAGAUGUUAAUGGAUAUUAAAUAUUGGUGGAAUGUUAAGCUUCCCUUAAAGUGCAGAGAACUAUGUUCAUUGUACUUUUUUAAUUGCCGACUUGUCUGAGCACUACACUCCAAAGCAUUAGCCAACUGUAGGAAGAGAUGAGUGCCUGAAAAUUUCUUUUUAGUACUUUCUACUUACUCCCUAUAUCAAGGCAAAUAUUGCUACGAUAAAUGAAAAUGCCAAAUACUUUCUUCUAUAAAUGGUUGCUUUCAAACUGGUUCAAUCUGCAAAGCAUUCAGAUGGUGAUUUCAUGAACUUAUUUUUAAUAAACUAAUGAAAAUACUAAAAUGCUUUUGGAUUGAUUCUAAAACGUGAAUAGUUUAUACACACAAUAUCUUUCCACUACUCAUGACUUGAACAAACCUGAUUUUUCUACUAACGUUUCCCAGACUGCUUGUUGCCAAGUUUCUUUUUAACUUAAUAUUGCUAGAAAAAUAAUAACCUUUAAGCAACAAGAUUUCCUUUGCUUAUCAAAAUGUGCCUGCCCGAUACUCUUCCCAGGAAUGAACUGCAGGUAUGUAAUACACCAUCUCCUAUCCCAUUAAUGAAGGAGGAAAAUGUCCUUUACUGCUUAUGUAAUAGUGCCAUUCUGUUCUUGCUUUAAGAAUAUUGAAAUGGCUAGAUCCCACUUACCUGUCAGGGAAAUCCCAUGCGCCCCUCCCCCCCAAUAAUCAAUUAGAAUAUGAACAAAGCUGUGGAUAGGUCAAUCCCUAUAUUUACAUAUAGUUGCAUUACCCAUAAAGGGCUGGGUCUAAGUAUAUUUUGCAGGGGAGUUGGCAGUGGAUUAUGGAAUGUACUACCCAAUCAUCCUUAGUUGUUAAGUCAGCUUUUCAACAUAAUGGAAGUGUGUAGAUCCCAAUUUCUAUGGAUCCACAGAUGGGAAUGGUCCAUUCCCUAGUAAAAUGGUUAUCCAUUGGUGACACUAUGCAAAGCACUGCCGCCCAGUGGAUCACAUAGGCUGGGAGAUUAGAUUUGUUCAGAGAACUGAGUGCUUAGCACAAAGUCUCAACUACAUUUCUCAAGGUCUUAGGAAAGGCAGCAGUGCCACCAGUUGCCUUUUUUGACUAGCUGUGGGAAUUUGUUUUAUGGGAAGCUCAGUAGAGAUUGUAAGAUUUGUUUCCCUGAAAAUGACUUUUCCUAAUGUAUUCUUGGAAACCAGAUAAUCUCCAAUUGAGGUUGGUUGAUUUUCUGUAUUCUUGCAGGAAGUACCUCUUAAAGAGAUAUACAGAAGUUUUAUUUAACAGGAUACGCUGCAUUAAAGUAGAAAUAUAGUUUAUUAUAAUACAUUUCUGCUUAGGCUCUGCCAAGUUGGCAGCAUUAGAAACACAAGGGCAAUGUUUUUAUUGUAAGUAAUGUUGGAAAUUCCUGUGACCAAUUCUGCAAUGUGGAUCCUUCAGAAUUCCUGGAAUGAUACUGAAACCCUGUGGUUUGUUGAAUUUUGACCAGUCAUUGUGAUUUAUAAACCAUAUUGCUUGUGUACUACAAAACUAAUAAAUUUUGUUUUAUUCACUAAACCAUGACAGUAUAGUAUGUAAAACUAUUCAAUAUGUUCAUGUAUUAUGCUUUGCUUUUGGUUUAAUGUGUGAAUCAUCCCAUUGGAGUUUAUUCAGCAAAUCAACUACAGAAGAACAAAUGUAUUAUUCCAAUAUUCAUAUUUCAACCACUUUAUUUCAGUUUUCAAAGUAUGGUUGCAAUAUUAUCACCCUUCCUCUUCAUCUAGUAUCAUCAGGGGCAUUUGCUUCUUACUGUAAUGAAGCAACUGCUUUGCUUGAAGAUCUCCUAGGCAGUUAAUUUUGGGUAGUUAGCUUUCCCCUGAAUUAGAGUGACCUGGCACUGGUCACUAUUUUUAUUUUGUGAUGCAUUUUUGCAUAGUAUUACACUACUCAGUUUAAAUGGGUUAUUUCUUUCUAGCUAGCAUUUUAGUCAAGCCCAACAUUUCAGAAUGCAACCCGAUGUCAUCAAAGCUUGUUAAUCUAUUAUAACUGCAAGUAUUUUAAUCAUUUUUAAUAACAUGCUGUCGGAUUGAAAAAUGCUGUACACAAAUAAAGCAAAAGCAUAUAUAAAAUGUGCCCUGUAUUAUAUAACACUACACACUUUCUUGACAGUUAUUUUUUGUAGCCUGUAAUCAACAUGUGUAUAAUAUGUGGCGUAAAUAAAAAUUGCAAAAG